GUUCAUCGUUUGAAGUUCAACAAUCUGCAUCGUGAUGUUUUGAAUGCUAUUCACUUUCUUUAACCGUUAGUGCAAUCCUUAGUGAAAUCACUUCCGCUUGGCCAUGAUUCGUUCUUGAUAUGAUUGUUUUAAGAAAAUUAUUUUAUUUGUUUUUGUGUUUGAUUUUGACGGUAUAUGUGGUGAAAACUCAAAAUUUGGCAGAAGUUGAGAACCUGGUUAGGCAAUGGUCACCGCUGGUGUGGAUGGCACCUAAUGAAAAAUAUCUGCCAAUGAAUGCCGAAGAAUUCCUCAGACAUGUUUCUGUAGCUAAUAAGAAUGGAUCAAUAAUUCAGUUUUAUUUGAAUGGGGGAAUUCGUUAUGAUCUAACACAACAGUUCUAUUUGGUGACUAGACGAGAUUUAUAUUCUCUGAGGAAUGAUUCACACUCCUUUAUCUACGGCCAAAAUCCCAAUCACUAUCCAGUAUCGAUAUAUGCCCUGGUUUCAGACUGUGUUCAUGGCCCAGAUCUGAAUGAGACAAAAAAUUAUAUUUCGGAAGAUGCUAAUGAAAGGGUCUCGAGAAAAAAUAGUUCCUUAUAUUUCUACGUCACCUAUUGGUUGUUUUUUCCUUUCAAUGAAGGAAAAAAAGUGUGCACCUUGGGCAAAGUUCCUUUCCUGAACCUAUUCAAUAGAUGUCUUGGCAGAGUAAAGACAUUGGGCAACCAUGUUGGUGACUGGGAACAUAUGAGCCUGUCAUUUUCUGGAAAAAACGUUCCUGAUAAGCUGUAUUUGUCCAUCCACGAUUUCGGUGGCUACUUCACUUAUAAUGAGAAGGGAAGAUAUUUCAAAUUUGAUGCACAAGAAAAUAAAAAAACUGCCCACAGAGUACCAAAAUUUCCACAAAUCGUCCGUACACAAGGUUCACACCCUGUGGUAUUUUCAGCUUAUGGUUCCCACGGGCUGUGGUCAUCGCCAGGAGAAUAUGUCUAUACAAGGGUUCCAAAAUUGACAGAUACAAUCGGGUAUGGCAUUCCUUGGAGAACCUGGAAUAAUAUCAAAAUUUAUCAUCUUGGUAAGAGCAAGCUUCCCUAUUGGAUGAUUUACAGGGGAAAGUGGGGAAAUCCCAAAAACUGUUUACUUGACAAGCUGAAGUUGUGCGAAUUUUUCGAUGGUCCCGAAGGAAUAUUGAGGAAACAGCAAGAUUUUUAUUGUACACCACGGCAGUAAUUAUUGAAAAACAAAUAUCACUUCAGCAGGGAGAUGCAUAUUUGUUCGCAUUACAGAAAUCAAUGACCAAGAAAGAGGAAAAAUUUUGAAUUAUAAUUCUUUAAAAUUGA